AAUUGUGAACCAGGACGAAUCGUGAUGUGCCAGUGUGGCUACCGAAUAAUACUCGUGUUUCGUCGCGAUAAUCACGUUUGACCAUUGCGCCACAGCUUUCGUUUGAAUACGGCACAAGUGCUGCUCCGAGAUCAACAGAUCAGCUGAUCCAGCGAAAUCGUGAUGGCCGCUACCGAAAAUGUCGAAUGCCGACCGUCAAACUCAUUAGCGUGAGUGAGCGUGAAUUGAGUUACGCUAAUUCGGGCAAAUGUCCAACGAAACGAGCUAGUCGUCGACUUAUUUCGUAUAAGAAGAAUGGCGGGAUUAGAGGGCUACGGGGAUGUGUACAGGGGUCGACCCGCCAGAUCGUGGGAGGCGGGGACAUCACAGAGAUACUACGGUCGAGAGGUUAUCCGUCCUCUGGACAUACCUGUUAUUCAUCCCUUGGCAGAGGAUAAUCCACCGGUCGUCGACGAUGACAUCGCCGUGAGCAAAUAUGUCGGUCUAGGCUGCGGAUUAGCGAGUUUGAUCACAGGAAACUUGCUAAUUCACCCCUUCGUAGUAUUACGAAGACAAUGCCAAGUCAAUCCGAGCGCAAGCAAGUAUCACCUGAUGCCCAUAACUCUGGUACCUGUAAUCAUACGUCUACACCAGACUCAGGGUAUAAACACCUUGUGGAAGGGCAUCGGCUCAGUCCUACUUGUCAGAGGAAUGACAUUGGCCGUUGAAGAUCUGCUUUCAAAAAUCACGCCAUGGCAAAAAAAGAUCACUUACAACAGCUCCAUGAAAGCAUUUGGUCAACACAUCCUUCUCAAAUGUAUCGCCAUAGGUAUAGUGACUCCUUUCUACUCCGCGUCGCUCGUGGAAACCGUUCAGUCCGAGAUUGCUUCCGAAUGUCCAGGAAUUUUGGACGUUUUUCGAGACGGCGCAAUCCGCCUGCUCGACAUAUGUAAUAAGGGUAGACUCAUUCCAAUCUAUGCCCUUGUACCACCCACUAUAGUGUACGGGGUAUCGAAAUAUCUUUUCACUCUCAUUGUGAAAGGGGUUACUAGUCGGAUUAUGCACAUUAGAUAUAAACAUUCGCAGGAAGCAAGGGGCGCGUACAGUAAGGACUUUCUAUCCGAGAGCGUCGUGCAGGAUAUAGAGACGCACUCUAUCCUCGUUUCUAUGUGUGCGGCCGAUAUCGUGUUUUAUCCCCUCGAAACAGUUAUUCAUCGUUUGCAUCUUCAGGGAACGCGCACUAUCAUCGAUAACUUGGACACCGGAAGAAGUGUCACGCCGUUAUUGACUGGCUACAGCAGCGCGGCCGAUUGUUACCGCACGAUAAUUUCAACCGAGGGCCCGCUCGGUUUGUACAAAGGAUUUGGUGCUCUCGUUUUACAAUUUGCGGUACAUUUCAUGGUACUGCGCGCGACAAAAUGGGUCCUGACAGAACUUGGCACGAUGCUGAUGCCGAAACCUAAACCGGUAAAGCCGCCAAAGCCUUCGUAUUAUGAUGAAAUAUAAAGAGGAUAAAGGUAACAAAAGAAUGUAAUAUAUACGGAAUUAUUUAUUACUAGUUCUUGUUGAUAAUUGUAUAAGAGGAUCGAAUUUGUAACGACGAAAGUUUCCAAGCAUACUCUUUGAUAAUUUUAAUGAAAAAUCGCAAAUUAGAGACGAAGAGCCUUCAUGUUUUUCAAUUGAUAACAUUUUUCUGCGCGAUUGUGAUCACGCAAAUUUUCUAUAUAUUGGGUUUUACAAUUAAUAUGAAUUAAAAUAGGGAAGGAAAUAGAGUUCUACGUAAAAAUAUUUUAGUACAUUAAGUACAUAUUAGUACAUUAAGUAUGAAAUUUGUGGACAAUAUUUGUAGAUGCUCAUUCUUGUAUGACGCAAUCAUUUUCAGUGUACUUUCUACCCCUGAUGAAAUGUAAUUGUAAUGUGAUUUAUUAUAUUAAUGUAUCGAUAUAUAUUACAGAUUCUUUACGAGGUAAAUAAAUCAAAGUAUAUACUACA